AUGGUAGCUGCAGAUGGAAUCAGCAAGACUCAGCCGGAGGUUGGCUAUCCCUCGCGGUCCACAACGCUCCUCGAGAGGAUUCAUCUAUCACGUCAGCAUGUCAGCGAAGAACAAAACUCUAUCCAUCAGCCUCAAGUUAAACUCCGUAUCUUGGUGGUCGGGGCAGGCCUCGGAGGUUUGGCCACAGCGGUCGCACUCGCUCGUCAAGGCAACGAGGUGACUGUUUUAGAACAAGCAGCUUCUCUUGGUGAAGUUGGUGCUGGCAUCCAGAUUCCCCCAAACUCAGCCAGGCUGCUUCUAAAGUGGGGCAUAGGUCCUUACCUUGAACAGUACGCCAUCAAACCAGAGAGUAUGACCUUCCGAAGAUGGGAGAAUGGCCAACCAAUCGGCUACACAAAGCUAGACUCUGGCUUUGCAGAGACAUAUGGGGCACCGUACUUUGUCAUCCAUCGUGCUGACUUUCACCGUGCUCUACAUAGCCUGGCUGCUAAGCAUGGGGUAGAGGUUAUUACAGGUAGUAGGGUCACUGACUACGAUGAGGCAAUCCCAUCAGCAUUGACAUCCGACGGGCGACAGUACACUGCAGACCUCAUCGUCGCUGCAGAUGGUGUCAAGUCGCGAGCGCGGCCAGUUGUGCUUGGCGGUCAGGAUCCACGACCACAAAGGACUGGCUUCGCUGCCUAUCGUGCUGUUGUAUAUACCGAGGACAUGAAGGACGACAAUGAUACAGCUUGGCUUCUGGAGAGGCCGGGUAUCAAUAUCUGGAUUGGCAAAGAUCGUCACGUCAUGACAUAUUGCAUCGCUGGUGGUGAUUCAUUCAACAUGGUUCUCUCCCACGUUGACCAUUCAUUACCUAACACAUGGAAUGCAACGAACGCACUCGAGGAAAUGCGACAGUCGUUCCGCGACUGGGACCCAAGAUUAGUAACUUUGAUCAACAAGAUCAAGCAGACUGUGAAGUGGCCUUUGGUAACAGGUGCUCGACUGCCGACGUGGAUAUCUAAGAGCCAAAAGCUCUUGAUCCUUGGCGAUGCAGCUCACGCUAUGGUACCAUAUAUGUCACAGGGAGCUGCAAUGGCCGUAGAAGAUGGUGCAGCUCUGGCAACCUCACUCUCAAAGAUCAAGUGCAAGGAGGAGGUUCCAGAUGCAUUGCAUGUGUUCCAGGAUGAGAGAAUGAGUCGAAGCUAUGGGAUGCAAGCUGCCAGUCUGGUCAACGGAAGGAUCUGGCAUUUUCCAGAUGGUCCAUUACAACAGGCUAGGGAUCUGGGAAUGAGGGCUGAGGUCGAGGGGAAAUCGUUUGUCGAGAGUACAAAUCAGUGGAGUGACCCGGUGACACAACUUUGGGCUUAUGGGUAUGACGCAGAGAGAGCUAUGGAAGAGUAUUGGAAAGGUGGAAAGACUCACCUGUAA